CCUUUUGUCGUUCUUCGCCAGCUGAAAACUGGAAAGUCCCUGACAGCCAGGGAGGUUUCAGUGAGGAAAACUGCGGUUUGCGGUGUCAUUUUAAAUGACUACUAUCAGUAUUUUAUUCACUCCGCUGCCUCCGCGAAUAUAAAAUUCUGCGAGUUGGUUUCAGUCGGGCUUUUAUAAGCCAAGCGAGUAGAUGCUUUCUCAGCGAGUGCUAGCUGGCGUUAGCAGGCUAGCUCUUUGUGUGGCUAGCUGCUAGCUGAGGGAUGUUUUGUUGUUGUUGAACGGAGCAGCCCUCCCGUCGUCUGGGAGAGGAGAUUUUUCGUCAGCUGUGUAUGGAAAAACGCCUUCUCAUCCACUGCCGUUAUCUGUGAAAGUGGCCGGUCAGAAGCCCCCGCCGUGUAACGUUAGACAAAGCACCGACACCGAGAGAGGGGAAGAGUUAAACCGAAGAGGACGGAGAUGGGGAACUGUCUGAAAUCUCCCACCUCGGAUGAUAUUUCUUUGCUACAUGAAUCUCAGUCGGACCGUGCCAGCUACGGAGACGGUGCUGACCCCGACCAGGAGCCACCGCCCCCUUAUCAGGAGCAGAUCCACGUGCCUGUCUACCACCCGACACCCAGCCAGGCCCGGCUGGCCACUCAGCUGACAGAAGAGGAGCAGGUCCGCAUCGCUCAGCGUAUCGGACUCAUCCAACAUCUCCCAAAGGGCGUGUACGACGCGGGGCGGGAUGGCUCUGAGAAGAAGAUCAGAGAGUGUGUCAUCUGUAUGAUGGACUUUGUGUACGGAGACCCCAUCCGGUUCCUGCCCUGCAUGCACAUCUACCACAUGGACUGUAUAGACGACUGGCUGAUGAGAUCCUUCACCUGCCCCUCCUGCAUGGAGCCUGUGGACGCCGCGCUGCUUUCCUCCUAUGAGACCAACUGACACACACACACACGCACGCACACGCGCCCGCAGACACCCGUGGACCAGACUGGACUCACACACACAUAUAAUAUGCACACAAAUGGACAUAGACAACUUCCAUCUUACUAACCUGUAUCCUGGAUUAGUAAGGCGGUGAUAUCAAAGCAGCGAUGAUGUAAGAGAUUUAGGAAGAACUCUCUGUGUGUGUGUGUGUGUGUGUGUGUGUGUGUGUGUGUGUGUCUACGCACAAGUUCCUCAGUUGGCCUGCUGGACAGGAUUGCAUCUGGGAAAGGACUGGAGGAAUGAACAGAGUGUUGAUGUUUAAGGCAAGCAGGAAGGAGCUGUAUUGAGGAAAGGAGAAAGAGAUGAGAGCUGACAAUGGGAGGCUGAGGAUGUGGGUGUAACUAACGGGCAGUCAGAGAGAACGGACCGCCAUUAACUGUUAUGAUUAAGAAACGUUUCCAAGAUCCGCUUUUAUAUACGCAAAUGCGCGCGCACACAAACACACGCACGCACGCACCCAGUCACACACUUCCUCUAUCUCUCCAGCAUUAAAAUGAACUGUGACAGAACGCAGGAGGACAUCUGCCCGCUAUCAUCAGGCUGCGGAUUGUGUUUCCUGGAUGGUUGAAGUGUGAUUACGAUUACAAACUGAAAGAGAAGGGAGAAGAAAGAAACGCCCUUCAGAAGAUUGCGGGAUCUGCCAGAUGCUUGAUGCAUCUCCACACAGACACUUCUGCAAGAGGUAUCAUAUCUGCCUCAGAAACUGCCACAGAUGCAGAUGUUUGAUUAAAGACUGCCAGAGAUGCACAUCAGAUUAAAGACUACGAACAUCAGAUGUGUUCUGCAGACAUACCACAGGCCUCGAGUUGUCUGUAUAGUUCUCCUAUGAGAAACAUAAGAUUGAUUGGUGGAUUGAUGGAUUGUCCUGUGGCUUUGUGAAAUCUGUUCCGUGUUUUCGUUUUGUCAGUCAGCAUAAGGGCUCUGUUGAACCAGUGUUUACCACAGACAUGUCGAAAGGAAAUGUGUGCUUUAGCCACUAAUGUGACGUAUAGCAGGUAGACGUGUUGCUGUCAAGCUACCGACUCCUCAUGACUCUUUUCAGUCACAGUGAGAUCUCAGAUUAUUGGCCAAAGCACAAAAAAAUUUCUGUAGACCGAUUUAACAAACCAUUAUACAAAUCAGAGAUAUUUGCACUUCUUCAUUGUGACAAGAUUCGAGAAUAUGCAUUCAGAAAUAAUGUAAAAGUGAAGUACAGUAUGUGAUUUUCUUUACUUGCAUUCUCAUUUACUGGUGACAUUAACCACAAAUUCCAACUCCAAAGGCAACAACAAAAUAAAAAAUGCAUACAAGGUCAAAGCUUA